AGAUUCAUCAGCUCGGGAAGUACAAAUGCUGUUCGACAAAAUAGCUGACCCAAAUUUCCCGUACUAUCAGAUGGACAUAGCAGCGCGCAGUGUCAGUUAUGAAAAGAUUUUGGGAUACAGAAAUGAACAAGGCUUCAAUAUCCUUCAACAUGCAGCCUACCACAAUAACCACGAGGCCAUUUACAUCAUUUGGAGGCACUUCAACUGGGAACACCUCUCGGGGCAAAAAGUGAGUGGCCACGAAGACUUCGCCGGCUGUACAGCUCUCGAAAUCGCCGAGAAGAAAAAGUUUGAACAAUCGGAAAAAGGUAUCAAAGAUCAUGACAAGCUUGAAUCCAACCUUAAACCUAUACACAAAAUGGUGAGGGCGAAAGAAAUUCAUAAGAUAGAAGAAAUUUGCAACCAGGACAGGACGGCCAUUGGGGAUGCUACAGAUGACGAUAUUCAACUUAAACCUCUGCAUAUAGCUGCAGGGAUCGGGUUUUUGGAAGCUGUUGUUCUCCUGCUAAAACUCGGUGCCGACAUCAACGCCGUGACAGCUUUCGGUGAAACUGCUCUCAGAAGAGCUUCGCGAAUGGGCUACGAAGAUGUGGUGAAGUACCUCGUGACAAGGAACAACUGUGAUCUCAACAGAGCCGCAAAAGAUUGCUAUACAAGUCUAGAGAUUGCGUCUCUCCACAACUUCGGUGGUGUCGUUAGAGCUCUUGCAGAAAAUGGUGCUCAGGUCACCCCAAAUGCUUUGUGUUGUGCAGCUUCUGAAGGCCACCUUAGCUUGCUAGAAAACAUGAUUUGCGAAUGUGGCGCAGACCCUAAAGGUGUGAACAAGCACGGCAAAAACUGUUUCCACUGUGCCGCAAGUAAUGGGAAAAUCGACGUCUUGAAUAAGCUGUUUCAGAUAGAUCCAAGCUUGAUUGAGACACGCACCCUAUUAAAUGAAGGUGUCAGGGUUUAUCUUGUCCGAGGUAAGGAUAAAAACAAACCUGCAUGGCAUUACGUUCUCGUUAAAAGGCGACUUCACUCAACCUUCCUCCUAAAGACACAGGGAGCUUCCCUUGAUGUGUCCAAGUAUGGGCGUGUACUGGUGUCCGGUAGGGGCGAAGGCCCACCUGAAGAUAUCAAGACCAAAAUUAAUGAGGAACACUCGACAAUAUGGGAAGACGCCCAGAAGGACAUGUCGCCUUUACACUGCGCGGUAAUGGAAGAGCAGCUAAUAGCAGUCCAAAAACUCGUCGAACUUGGAGCGAAUGUGGAUGCCCGUGAUGCUUAUAAGCUAACACCCCUUCAUCUCGCAUGCAUGAGAGGAAAUGUGUCUAUCGUAAAGGAACUCUUGAAGGCCAAUGCCAACUUUCAAGUCUUAGACGAAGAUAGGAAAAGUCCUUCCGACGUUGCUCGGGAUAACAACCACAAAGAGAUCGUCGAGUUGUUGGCCAAGAACGAAAGUGCAGGUUUAGUGGAGAGGUUCAUUCUGGACCAACUGAAAACUCUGCAGAUGUUGUUGGAGAAGACAGAUGACGACAGCAUCUCAUCCAGGGAUUUUCAAAAGCAGUUGAUUAAUGAAGUCCAAACCCUGAAGGAUAAUACCACGCUGUAUCUGAGCGAUCUGGCCCCCAAAGAGGUAGAUUCAGUAGAGGUAUCGGUGCAGCCCCCCUCUGUCGCUCCUCCCGAUAGUCCUGAAGCUGCCACGCCUUCCACGGAAACUUCAGCUGCUGUCCCUGAUGGAGAAAGCGCGGAUAAUAAUAAUAUCACCAGUAUCAGUGAAAACGAGGUUGAGGAGAAUGAAAACGACAGUAAUGUGAAUAGGGAUGAAAACGAGGUCUUGGCGCGGGAAGUGACCACACCGCGUCCGAAUGACAGAAACAGCUUGAACUCUUUUAUAGGAGUGGCAUUCACGAAGUGUGCAAUGAUGGAAGAGAACAGUACAGUUGAUACAGCCUCCAUGGUUGAGAAAGAUUCAUCAUCUCGGGAAGUAGAAAUGCUGUUCGACAAAAUAGCUGACCCAAAUUUCCCGUACUAUCAGAUAGACAUAGCAGCGCGUAGUGUCAGUUACGAAAAGGUUCUACAAUACAGAAAUAAACAAGGCUUCAACGUCCUUCAACAUGCAGCCUAUAACAAUAACCAGGAGGCCAUAUUCACCAUUUGGAGGCAUUUUGACUGGAAACAUCUCUCGGGGCAAAAAGUGAGUGGUCACAAUGACUUCACCGGCUGCACAGCUCUCGAGAUCGCCAUGAAGAAAAAGUGUGAACAAUUGGAAAAAAGGAUCAAACAUCAUGACAAGCUUGAAUCCAACCUUAAACCUAUACAUAAAAUGGUUCGGGCGAGAGAAAUUCAUAAGAUUGAAGAAAUAUGCAGCCUGGACAGGACGUCAAUUGAUGAUGCUAGAGACUUGCAACUUACACCUCUGCACAUGGCUGCGGGGAUUGGGUUUUUAGAAGGUGUUGUUCUUCUGCUAAAACUCGGCGCCGACAUAAAUGCCGUGACUGCAUUAGGUGAAACUGCUCUAAGAAGAGCUUCGCGAUUGGGCUACGAAGAUGUGGUGAAAUACCUCGUGACAAGGAACAACUGUGAUCUCAACAAAGCCGCAAAAGAUGGCUAUACAAGCCUUGAGUUUGCGUCUCUCCACAACUUCGGUGGUGUCGUUAGAGCUCUUGCAGAAAAUGGAGCUCAGGUCACCCCAAAUGCUUUGUGCUGUGCGGCUUCUAGAGGUCACCUUAGCUUGCUAGAUAACAUGAUUUCUAAAUGGGGAGCAGACCCCAAAGGUGUAAACAGCAAGGGCAAAAACUGUUUCCAUUCUGCAGCAGGUAAUGGGAAAAUCGACAUCUUGGAGAAGCUCUUUCAGAUAGAUCCCGGUUUGCUUGAGACAUGCACCCUAUUAAAUGAAGGUGACAGAGUUCAUCUUGUCCGAGAUAAAGAUAAAAACAAACCCGUAUGGCGCUACGUUCUCGUUAAAAGGCGACUACAGUCAACCUUCCUCCUAAAGACACAGGGAGGUUCCCUUGAUGUGGCCGACUAUGGGCGUGUACUGGUGUCCGGUAGGGGCGAAGGCCCACCUGAAGAUAUCAAGAUCAAAAUUAAUGAGGAACACUCGACGAUAUGGGAAGACGCCCAGAAGGACAUGUCGCCCUUACACUGCGCAAUAAUGGAAGAGCAGCUAACAGCGGUCCAAAAACUCGUCGAACUUGGAGCGGAUGUGGAUGCCCGUGAUGCUUACAAGCUAACACCCCUUCAUCUUGCAUGCAUGAGAGGAAAUGUGCCUAUUGUAAAGGAACUCUUGAAGGCCAAUGCCAACUUUCAAGUCUUUGACGAAGAUAGGAAAAGUCCUUCCGACGUUGCUCGGGAUAACAACCACAAAGAGGUCGCCGAGUUGUUGGCCAAAAAGGAAAGUGCAGUUUUAGUGGAGAGGUUCAUCCUUGACCAACUGAAAACCUUGCAGAUCUUGUUGGAGAAGACAGAUGACGACAGCAUCUCAUCUAGGGAUUUUCAAAAGCAGUUGAUUAAUGAAGCCCAAACCCUGAAGGAUAAUGUCACGCUCUGUCUGAGCGAUCUGGCCCCCAAAGAGGUGGAUUCAGUAGAGGAAUCGGUGCAGCCCCCCUCUGUCGCUCCUCCCGAUAGUCCUGAAGCUGCGUCGCCUUCCACGGAAACUCCAGCUGCUGUCACUGAUGGGGAAAGCGCGGAUGGUAAUCAUAUCACCGGUAUCAGUGAAAACGAGGUCGAGGAGGACGAGAACGACAGCAAUGUGAAUAGAAAUGAAAACGAGGUCUUGGCGGGGCAAGUGACCACACCGAGUCCGAAUGGCAAGUCGGACCGCAUCAUUGGGGAUUCUCUCAAGAGGCUCCUUGAGACCUACCUUCAGCAGCAAUGAGAAUGAAAUUCCUACAAUGUUUAAACUUAUAUGCUUUUUGAUAACGGUCAAUGAAUACUAGUCCAAAUUUCAUGUUAUGCAAUGUGUUAAAUAAACGUAUUAUGAAUCUAUAUCUUAACAUCCAAAAUCUAAAAUAACGUUUUAAUAUGAGCAAAAAUGCUAUCUCAGUUCUUAAUGUUUCUGUCUUAUUGUCAGUUUUUUUAUUGAAUGUGUGUAAAUUUAAUAUUUGCAAGAUAUAGUCAAUUAGACACGACAAGAAAUGAAUUAUCUUUAUCUAUUUCCAAAUAAUUAAGUUUAAGUGUAAAUUGUGAUUGCAAGUGUUAUACCGAUUUUAAGUACGGAAAAGAAUUUAAGACUCCUGAAUCACAGGUGAAUUAUUGAACAAUGUUGUUGAUAUUUUUAGGAAUUAACAUAACUGGAACAUAUGUUGCCAACAAUUUUGGUUUCAAAAGGUCACUAUUGAGUAGGGAGGUAUUUGUCCAGCUUUUGUGGAUGCAGAAGUAACAACACUGGGUAUAUAUCCAAAACAUUAUCUUUUCAGAUAUUAAUCAGAUGCUUGUACUGUAGUCUGCUGUAUCAUUCUACACAGAGCCUUUAAAACUGAACAUUUACAGAUCACGUAUGUAAUAUAUAAUAUACAGAUCAACUCCAAUACACUUGGAAGUU